CUUUCUCUUUCUCUCUCUCUCCGAGUUAGGGUUUGCUCCGCUUAUCUUUCUCUCGUUUCGAUUUAAAGUAGUUUCUGUAUUGGUCUUGAAGAUAAUGGCAGGGAAAGGCGGCAAGGGGCUUAUAGCUGCGAAGACGACGGCAUCUAACAAAGACAAAGACAGUGUCAAGAAGAAAUCAAUCUCUCGCUCGUCUCGUGCCGGCAUUCAGUUUCCUGUGGGUCGUAUUCAUCGCCAACUCAAGUCAAGAGUAUCAGCACAUGGAAGAGUUGGUGCCACUGCUGCUGUCUACACGGCAUCAAUUCUGGAAUACCUAACUGCAGAAGUUCUUGAGUUAGCUGGAAAUGCGAGCAAAGAUUUGAAAGUGAAGAGAAUCACUCCGAGGCACUUGCAGCUUGCAAUCAGAGGAGAUGAGGAGCUUGACACUCUCAUCAAAGGAACAAUUGCUGGAGGAGGUGUGAUUCCUCACAUCCACAAGUCUCUUGUCAGCAAGAUCACCAAGGAUUGAGUUUCAGUCCUUCAAGUCCUUAAGUCUAGAUCUAUGUGCUUUGCUAGUUAUAACAGCUUUUGGUGUUUUGUGUUUAGCUAUUGAUUUCGUCUGCUCUAUUCUUCUGGACAUCCUCAAGUGUAUAUGGUAUGGGUUAAUUUUUUUUAACUCCUAGGUUUCUCGUUUUAGACUCUCAUACUCUUGUGAUCUUGCUAUU